CUCCGCCGGAAGAUACAACGACGCGAAUGGUUCUCUGAGAUCUGCUAGACAACUAUUUAUUAAGAUGUGGAAAGCGUGGCUGGACAGGGCUCUCCAUCUGCAGCAGGACCUCCGUCGCUUCACUAAGCUCUAUGAGCACAUCAUGCUGCUUGUGCUCCUGAUGAACACUGCAAUACAAGUAGCAAUGACAUUUCAAGGACUGGCACCAGCUUGGGUUUAUGAAGCACUGGAGGCAGUCUUCUUGGCUUUUUAUACGAUGGAGUGUGUGUUAAAGCUCAUAAGUUUUGGCUUAAAAUACUUCAAAAGCCUGUGGAAUAUUCUGGAUUUCUCAGUCACUUUGGUAGGGUUGGUAGACCUUUUUCUGGACAAGCAAAUCAGCAGUGAGCCGACUGACGACCAGAUGACCAAGGUUGCCUUCUCAGAAAACAAUUUCUUUGAAGG